CUCUCCUUAAUUUUGGUUUUGUGGUUGCAAAAAGAGGAGAAUUUUUGGAACUCCAAUUCACCCCCCCUCUUGGAGUACAUUGAGUCAACAAUUGGUAUCAGAGUAAGGGCUCCAAUUUGAAGGUUUAACCACCUAGGAGUUGAUCGAGAAUGGCUCAAUUUCUAUCUUCUCAACCACUUGAAGGUUUGUCUACCACUAAACCUCCUUUCUUUGAUGUUGGGGAAAGUGAGGUGCCAAAGGAAGAAGUUGAAUGGAAUGAUGAAGGCUUGGUGAAGAUCAUGAUCAACAACAAAGCAAUCAAUAUGCUUCAAUGUGCUCUCAAUCCAACGGAAUUCCAUAGAGUAUCCAGAUGUAAUACGGCCAAGGAGAUAUGGGACAUGUUGGAGAUGAAACCGGAGGAAAGCAUUCAAGAUAUGUAUACAAGAUUGAAUUAUAUAGUCACCAAUCUCAAGGCUCUUGAGUCUAAGGAUCUCAACACCCUCAAGCUUGAAGAUCUCAUUGGAAAAUUGAUGACAUAUGAGAUAGAAGUUCAAGUUGAUGGUGGAGUUGAAAUAGUUGAGAAGAAGAAGAAGAAUGUUGCUUUCAAGGCUAGCAACAAAAAGGAAGAAAGUGAAGAUGAUGCUAGUAAUGAUGAGUCUAGCAAUGAGGAGGACAUCACCAAAUUGAUUUCAAAGGAAGUAAAGAGAUUCAUGAAGAAGAACAUAAAGAGCAAGCUUGCAAAAAGAGAUGAAGGAGAGUCUACCAAAAGGAGUGUGAAAUGCUAUGAGUGCAACAAGAUGGGGCACUAUAGAAAUGAAUGUCCCAAAUUGAAGAAGGGUGAAAGGAAACACAAGAAGAGCAUGAAGAAGAAAGCUUUUACCGCCACUUGGAGCAAUGAUGAGACUAGCUCAAUGAAAAGUGAAAGCUCCUUGGAAAAUGGUGUUGCAAAUCUUUGCUUCAUGGCUCAAGAGGAUAGCUACAAUGAUGAGGAGGUAAACUCUAACUUCUCUAGUUCAAUUAAUGAAAGUUCAUUUGAGUAUUCUUAUGAUGAUUUAUGCAAAGUUCUUGAUUGCUCUAUGAAUGACAUUAAGAAACUAGGAAAUGAGAAUAUUGCUCUUACUAAAACCAUUUCAUUGCUUAGGAAUGAGAUUGAAUCUCUCUUAAAACAAAAUGAGGUUUUAGUUAAAGAGAAUCCUUCUUUAAAUGGUGAGAUUGCUUCUUUAAAGAAUGAGGAGUCUAAUAAUGCUUUGAAAAAGGAAAAUGAGGAUUUAAAGAAAGGAAAUGAAGAUUUAAAGAAGGAAAAUGAGGUUUUAAAGAAAAAAGCUUAUGAUCUUGAGAAUGUGAUUUCCAAAUUUACUUUGAGUAAAGAAAAAUUUGAUUAUAUCUUAAAAUCUCAAAAAAGUAUUUAUGACAAAGGGGGCAUUGGAUUUGAUUAUUCUAAAAAGCAAAAGACUUUCAAGAAUUCUUUUGUAAGAGCAAGUCAAUCAUAUCAUCCUAAUGUUACUUGCUAUUGUUGUGGUGCAAAUGGACACUUUGCCUAUGUAUGUCCUUUGAAGAGAUUGAUAGCUCAAGGCCAGUGGAGCCGGCUCAACCAUUUUCACAGCCAGCUCAACCCAAAAACCCGAGAGUCUUCUCUCUCUAAAGUUAAGCCAGCUCCAGGACUAGAGCCGGCUCUCCUACAACUUUUUAAAUCAUUCGGGCUUCUCUCUCUUCAAACCAGAUUGUCUAUGAUUUUGAUGAUUAUAUGCUCUUAUUGAGGGGGAGUUUAUUGGUUGAUGAUUGUAUUCAUGACUUUGGUUGUCUAUGGUGCUAUAUUGAUGAUGAUUGAUGAGUUUAUUCAUUUCAUAUUCUUGAUGCUUUAAAGGUUAAUAGCAUGAAUUAAGGGGGAGUUUAUUGCUUAUGUUUAUAUACUUUUUGAUGAAUGACAAAAAGGGGGAGAAAGUAUGCUGAAUUCUAAUAAUUUUCUAGAAUGUCUUAAUGUGUUAAUGUCAUUUUCUUGGUGCUGAAAUUUUGAGGUUAAUACUGAAGUAUAUAUGCUUUAUGAUCAAAGUGUUUUGUCAUCAUCAAAAAGGGGGAGAUUGUUGUACCUAUGAUUUUGAUGAUUACAAAACACAUUUGAGUGACUAAUUGAUUUAUUUAAGAGUGUAGUUAAAUUGCCAAUAUAUUGCAAAGUAAGCAAAAUGAGAUUGCAUUAAAAAGGGCUCAAAGGGUAAAAAUGUGCAGAGAGUCGGCUUAAGAAAAUUGCAGUUGGCUCUAGGAAGCAAAAGUGCAGAGAGUCGGCUGCAGAUUUUGUUGAACCGGCUCUACAGGCAAGAAAUUCAACUAUUGUUUUUGGCACACGUGAAAAAUGGAAGCAGAGCCGGCUCUAACUUUGUAGCCGACUAUGAGGGCGAAUUUAAUGCACAACGGUCGACUUAUUUGAAGAAUAU